GGGUUUGAUUUUCAUCUUCAUCAUCCUUUGUCAAUUUCUUCUUUCUUCUUCUUUCUCUCUCCUCCCUUCUUCUUCAUCUUCUUUUUCUUUUUCUUUUUCUCUAUUCUGUUGAUCUGUGUUCGAAUACCUGAUGGCUUUUCGCAAGUGAGAACUCGAUCUGGAUUCAAAGUGUUUUGGAUCCUUAGAUCUAGAUCUGGCUUGUUUGAUGUUUAUUUUGAUUGUUAUAAGUUUGGGUUUUUUAUCUCUUUGUAAAUUUCGUAAUUAAUUUCAGUUGGUUCAAAUUUGGCGAUCUAUAAGAAAGGUAAAGUUUUGGGCUUGGUUGAUGUGAGAAAUAGAGAGGAAAGGAAACAAUUGAGUUGUUUGAGAAUGGACUGCAUGGGGACGAAUAUUGGAGGUGAGGAGGGUGGAAGUUUUGGGCUUGGUCGAUGUUGGUGCAGGGUUCUGAUUGGAUCUAGAUAUGCUGUCAUUGAGGUGAGAUUAAUGAAAACUGUUAGAUCUAGGGGAUGUACUGGGGAAGGGGAUGUACUGGGGAAGGGGAUGAACUGGGGAGAUUGACGAGGAAGAGAUAUGGGAGGAACGGAGGAGGAAUGGUGGAGGAGGGAGAAGCUUAGAGAAGGAGAAAGGAAAACAAAUUUGCAGCAAACAAGAAAAAACAAAUUUGCAG